AUGAGUAUUUUGAAAAAUAAAAUUAAUUACGAAGGUCUCGAAGAAGAACUUGAAGAAGCAUUAAAAGAAGAUUCAUUAUACCAACUACGAAACAAAGCAAAGAUAAGAGCCAUUGAACAAAGUGUACCCACUUAUGAAGACUUUAGACAAAUAGUUAAUGGCGCCCAUUUAAAACCAUUGGGACCAAAAGACAAAAUGGAAAAAAUAAAAAUUCCUUGGAAUCUUUCUGACAGAAAGUCCUCUUUAGUCAUUAAAAAUGUUAAUAAGUCGCCAUCAGAUAAAAUUGAAAAUUCCAAUUGUGAUAAAUUGUCUAAAAGUGGCAAAGAAUUUUAUUGCCAAUGGCGCCAAUUAAAUGAAACUGAUAAGUUUAAUUUGUUGUACAGUAAAAGAAAUGAUUUACCGGAAAUAUUCAAAAUUGAACUGCCAGUGGAAAUUCUCAUUGAAUUUUUAAUCGUUUGUUUAAAUAAUUUACCGGGAAAAAAUUCAGCUGUCAUAGAUGUUCUCAAUAAAAUAACUCAGUGCAAUAGAUUUAAAUUGACACGCGCAUGCGCUGACAAAAUGGCGUAA